UGGCUAUAAAAUGGCCCAAGUCGUGUCAAACGCUGUGUUCUUUUCCCUCCCCAUUUCCUUCCCUCUCUAGCAUCUAAACAAUGUGCGGUAUCUUUGGCUAUCUUAACUACCUCAUCGAACGUGACCGUCGCUUCAUCUUCGACACUUUGACUCAAGGUUUGUCCCGUCUGGAAUACAGAGGUUAUGACUCUGCUGGUGUGGCCGUCGAUGGUGACUCUGAGGAUGAGGUCAUGAUUGUUAAGCAAGUCGGAAAGGUUGCUGCUCUCCGCAAGUUGAUUGAUGAGCAAAAGCUUGACUUCCACAAGACCUUCAUCAGCCACUGCUCUAUGGCACAUACCCGUUGGGCUACUCACGGUCAACCUUCACCCAUCAACUCCCAUCCUCACCGAUCUGAUCCCACCAACGAGUUUGUCAUCGUUCACAACGGUAUCAUCACUAACUAUAAAGAACUCAAGACUGUCUUGGAGAAGAACGGCUAUGUGUUCGAGACCGAAACCGAUACUGAGUGCGUUGCUAAGCUCACCAAGUACAUCUAUGACAGAGAGAAGACCAACGGUAACUUGACCUUCACCGCUCUUGUCAAGGCUGUCAUCAAGGAGUUGGAAGGUUCAUAUGCUUUCAUCUUCAAGAGCAAGCACUUCCCUAACGAAGUCGUUGCCACCCGUCGUGGUUCUCCUCUCUUGGUUGGUGUCAAGACCGCUAAGAAGCUCAAGGUUGACUUUGUCGAUGUUGAAUUCGGUAACGCUGCCGAAAGCGGUGAAGGCAUCAGCAACGCCAGCGAACCCCAAACCAUUGAGAACAACUUUUUGUCUCCCGAUGGUGGUCAUCCCAAGCUUCAACGUAGCCAGUCUCGCGCUUUCUUGAGCGAAGAUGGUCUUCCUCAACCUAUUGAGUACUUCCUUGCUUCUGAUGCUGCCGCCAUUGUUGAGCACACCAAGCGUGUCUUGUACCUCGAAGAUGACGAUAUCGCACACAUUGCUAAUGGCGGUAAGAAGCUUCACAUUCACCGUCUCCGUCGUGAUGAUGGCAUCUCAUCGUCCAUUCGUUCCAUCCAAACUCUGGAGAUCGAGUUGGCCGAGAUCAUGAAGGGUUCCUUUGACCACUUCAUGCAAAAGGAAAUUUAUGAACAACCCGAAUCGGUUGUCAACACCAUGCGUGGUCGUGUCAAUUUCCAAAACCACAAGGUCACUUUGGGUGGUCUCAAGGCUUAUGUUGCUACCAUCCGUCGUUGCAGACGUAUCAUUUUCAUUGCCUGUGGUACCUCAUACCACUCCUGCUUGGCCACACGUGCUAUUUUUGAAGAGUUGACCGAAAUUCCUGCCCAGCUUGAACUUGCUUCUGACUUUUUGGACAGAAAGACUCCCAUCUUCCGUGACGACGUUUGCGUCUUCGUCUCACAAUCUGGAGAAACUGCUGAUACUAUCCUCGCUAUGCGAUACUGCUUGGAACGUGGUGCCCUUGCUGUUGGUAUCACUAACACCGUCGGUUCUUCCAUCUCUCGUGAAACUCACUGUGGUGUUCACAUUAAUGCUGGUCCUGAAAUCGGAGUUGCCUCCACUAAGGCCUACACCUCACAAUACAUUGCUUUGGUCAUGAUGGCUAUCCAGUUGAGCGAAGAUCGUACUUCCAUGAACGAACGUCGUAAUGAGAUCAUCGAUGGUCUUUACCGCUUGCCUGGUCACCUCAAGGAAGUCCUCUCCGACGAUGCCAAGCUCCAACAACUUGCUGCUGAUACCCUUUACAAGGAGAAGUCUUUGUUGAUUAUGGGCCGUGGUUUCCAAAACGCUACUUGCUUGGAAGGUGCUCUUAAGAUCAAGGAAAUCUCUUACAUGCACUCUGAAGGUAUCUUGGCUGGUGAACUCAAGCACGGUCCUCUUGCUUUGAUUGAUGAGAACAUGCCUGUCAUCUUGGUUAUGACCCGUGACUCCUUGUAUCCCAAGGUUCAAAGUGCUCUGCAACAAGUCACUGCCCGUAAGGGUCAGCCCAUCAUUAUCUGCAACACUGGCGAUAACGGCAUCUCUUCUCAAUACAAGACCAUCCGCGUUCCUCAAACUGUUGACUGUCUCCAAGGCCUGCUUAACAUCGUUCCUCUUCAGCUUCUCUCUUAUCACUUGGCUGUCAUGCACGGUGUCGAUGUCGAUUUCCCCCGUAACUUGGCCAAGUCUGUUACUGUCGAGUAAAUGGUGAUAGUUCCUCAACACCUUCCACUUUUCUACACUUUGUAACCCCUUUCAAACUGCGAAUUGCGUCUCGUGCUGUCUAUAUAUUAUACUCCUCUUUUCUUUACCUUUUUUUUUCUUACUUUGGAAUGACUCUGUUCAAAUGCC